CCACUGUUCUAAUGUGGCGAUCUAUCUUCCGAACUAUAAAAUCUUCAGGUUCUCCUGUGACUUCUUUGCCACUCCACUCUCCAUCACACUUUCACUACUCGUACGGUUCCCACUGUUUUCAGUUCUCUCAUGAUUCAAUUACUCGACAUGACCUCUACUGCCAACGCCAAAUAUUGUAUGGACUUGGAUGAAUCUGAGUCCUCUCAACGAAUGCAAUUCCAUGUCAUUGGAACGAAAGACUUUAUAUCUCCCAAAUCGCACGGGAAGAGACCUAGUAAUGCUUUCGUAGGCAUGAGAGUAGUCGGGGAUACACCGAGAGAUAAAGCAUACCUUUCGACGUCUGUUGUUAAAUGCAAGAGUGCAGAUGAACCAGAGUGGUAUGAUAACCUCGGACCGAUGUGGCUUUCGCCAUUCUCAACUAUCUCAUUCCAUGUGAAGACUCGUUCAAAGUUUUCGAAGACUACAGCAAUACUAGCAUCUACCGAAACCUAUACACUGAAGAAGCUGAGAAAGAUGCAAGGGCACAUGGAUCGUCAAUCCACCAUUGCCCUGCCGCUCCGCUCUCAUAACCCCCAUACGGAUCUUCCGACAGGCGGAGUACUUAUCAUAAACAUUCGGGAGCUGUCAACUUCGAAAUCGGCUAUGGAGGAGUACAUUAGUCUCAGAUCUGCCGGGAGUCAACGAAGUAGCCUCGAGGACGGAAGCUUGGAAAUUCAAGAGGGCGUAUCUCCUCUGUCUCCAGUCUCCAGUGAAAAUCGAACACUGCCAUGACGAUAUAGAUAUUGAGAUGUUACGAAUGAUGAUCUGGACCUUCGACUACCUGUAAAAUAUACCAAAUGAGAUGUAUUAUUUAGGUUACAAGGCAUGAGGCUGUAUUUCUUGUAUGCAUUUGUAAACACUGGAUCCAAGUUAUCACAUAUAAUUCCUUCGUCCAAUCUCCCCAACUGAUACUAAUUUUGCGUCCGUGAAACCCUAUUUUAUUCUUCCGCUAGUACGGGAGAACAUCGUCUUCAAGUUCGAGUU